AAUAGAGUCAGUAAAGAUAGAGUCCCUUUUUCUAGAACUAGCAGUAGUGUUUUUCAAAUUAUUAUUUUUUCUUAUAUCAAAAAAUGGGAUAUUUCAAUAUUAUUUGUACAGCAUAUUUACUUAUUAUAAGUAUUUGUUAUUCAGAAGAAAAAAAGGCAGGAAUAUCUUACAUAUCACCUGAACAAGUAAAAAAUAUUGGAGAAAAUGUUGUUAUGAAUUGCACAGUAGACAAUAUUGGAGAGUUGCCGGUUUUUUGGAAUAAAAAACAUCGUGGUAUAACAACAGAUCAAACAGUAGUCUCUGUUAAUAACAACAAAUUAGUAAAUGAUCCACGAUAUGAACUUGUUUUUGUAAAUGGCUCACAACAGACAUUUAGCCUAAAGAUAAAUAAUAUUCAAAUUCACGAUUCCGGUAUUUAUGAAUGUCAAAUUGUUGCUAAUUUCACUACAAAGAUAACGCAAUUUGUGGAGUUACAAGUUCGAAGUCCACCAACAAUCAUAGACCAACAUUCCACGCUUCAUUUGAAUGUAGAAGAAGGCCAAGAUGUUGUUUUAAAGUGCUACGCUGAGGGAUACCCACGCCCGACAAUCACAUGGACUCGAGAUUUGAAUGCUAUUUUACCUGCAGGUGGACAAUCAACAGAGGGACAAGAAUUAAGAAUAAAAAAUUGUCGAAAGGAAGAUCGUGGACUUUAUUUCUGUUCUGCGAGCAAUAAUGUCGGAGAGCCUGUACAAAAAUCAGUAAACCUCGAAGUUGAGUUUGCUCCAAUUAUUUCAGUAUUUCGACCGAAAGUUGCACAAGUACAAGGUUAUUCAAUCGAUUUAGAAUGCAACGUUCUUGCACACCCUCCAUCUCAAAUUGAAUGGACUAAAGAUGGAAAAAUCUUGUAUAAUGAUAAUCAUUAUGAAAUCUCACACUUGGGAAUCGUCAAUGAUUUAACAUUGUCAAAAGUUAGGAUUUUAUCUGUUGAAAAUCAUAACUAUGGAGAUUAUCAAUGUAAAGCUACAAAUAAAAUGGGAUUUGCUCAAUCAAGAAUCAAUUUGUAUAGUCAAUCAUUUCCUAAUAUAAAUUACUCAGGAUUAGUAUGGAUAGACAGCUCAAAGUUCUCUAAAGCAAAUACCCAAUAUAAAUUUUCAAUCAUUUAUAUAAUAUCUUGUAUUUGGAUUAUAAUUAUUUAAUAUAUUAACGACGAUUUUACCAUAAUGUAUUAAUUUGAUCAAGUUUUUGUAAAAUUAGAUCUGAUGAGUUUUAUAUGUAUGUGAGUGUGUUUUAUUUGUAUAUUAAUUAAA